AUGGAAGUCAUUGACAAUAGGAUUCAUAAAAUCAGUGGGAGUUCUAGAAACCCAAUCGAAGGAGAAUGGAGGUCAAUGACCAUAGCUUCGAACCAUGACCGCAACCAAGAUUCUGAAUUGGGUAAAAAAUCUAUUUACCGGGGCAAAAAGGCUGUGCCAAUCCCACUUUGUGACAACUCCAAGGACGGUGAAGAUGUGAUCAUGCAUCUGAACGGCAUAAGGGCGGAGAGAGAGAGAUCAAGUAAAAUAUUGAAGAACCCUAACCAGAAAACAAAAGAGCGUGAGAGAAAGGGAGGGAUAUUAACAUUUAACAUCCGUGAGACGUGCAUGAAGAUAAUUGAGGUAAGAGAAUAG